GAGCAAUACCCCAUCCAUCUCCUCUACAAUACCAAAGUAAUCCAACGGCUCAUACUAACCUAUGACCUCUACACCCUUAAUCUUGACGGCCAGAAACGUUGCUAAGCUGUCCACAUGAGUCUCCACCAUAAACUUGAAAUUUUGAUUUGCUUAUGAUCUCUCCUUUAAAAUCAUUUUCUAAUUUCUGCUUUAUUCAGUUCUCUCGGAUCGUGUGUUUUGAAUCUGUAGAGGGUACGUUAUCUCUAGGUUUCUCUAUUAUAUAAUUUGAUUUGAUAUUUGAUUCUAUUAAGUGCUUCUGAUUUUUUAAAUUUGUUUUACAUUCUUCAUUUUCUCAUAGAUAUUCGAUUUCUAGGGUUUGUUUCGUGUUCCUGUCCUUUUUUCAAAUUUUCAAAUUUUGGAUUGAAAUUGCUUCUGGAUUUUGGUUAUUUAGGUUUUUUGCAUCCGGGGAUUCAAUUAUUCGCCUUCUUUAUUGCUUAUUAUUAGGUGGAAGGUUAUUCUUUUAUGGAAUUUGAAUGCCAAACAAACAUUGAUAUUUUAAAAAAUUCCAGUUUGAAGGAGAACUCUAAUUUGAAAGCUAAAGGUUUAGAAAUUUGCAAUCCCAACUUAGGUUAUUGUUUGAAGGAGGGAAUUUUAGUUAGUAAUGAGGUUUUCCCCAAUUUUUGCGGGUCCUUCAGUGAUCUUCCUCCGGCAUUGAUAUCUGAAAUCCUGAAUUGUCUUGACCCUAAGGAGCUUGGAAUAGUUUCGUGUGUCUCAACUGUUUUUAAUCGGCUUGCAUCUGAAAACCGGGUUUGGAAGGAGGUUUAUUGUGAGAGAUGGGGACUCCCUUUGGCGCAGGCACCAUUGGGCGUAGGGAUCUCCGACGAUGACAAGUCAUGGAAGGAGCUGUUUGUGGAGAGAGAGUUUAGGAGUAAGACUUUGUUGGGACGUUACAGUAUUGAUGUUUUGUAUGGUCAUACUGAAGCAGUACGAACUGUUUUCCUUUUGGCUUCUGCUAAGCUCAUAUUUACUUCUGGAUAUGAUUCAGUUGUGCGAAUGUGGGACAUGGAAGAUGGCUUAUCAAUUGCAUCAUCAAAACCUCUUGGAUGCACUAUUCGAGCAGUUGCAGCGGAUACAAAGCUUUUGGUUGCCGGUGGUACUGAUGGAUUCAUCCAAGGCUGGAGAGCAGUCGAAGGUCUCCAAUGCUUGUUCGACCUUAAGGAGCCAAACAUGGAAUUCCGACUUUGGGAACACGAGGGACCUAUAACUUCCCUUGCUUUAGAUAUUCUGAGGAUUUAUAGCGGUUCAUGGGACAUGACUGUUCGCAUAUGGGAUCGUUCUUCCCUGAAAUGCUUAAAGGUUUUGAGGCAUAGUGAUUGGGUAUGGAGCCUGGCUCCACAUGAUACUACAGCUGCUAGCGCGUCUGGGUCGGAUGUGUAUGUUUGGGACACUCACACCGGGACAUUGCUUGCAGUUAUUAAUGGUGCUCAUGUUGGCAACACUUAUUCGUUGGCGCGAAGCCACACAGGAAAAUUUCUCUUUACUGGAGGAGAGGAUGGUGCUAUUCAUAUGUUUGAGAUCAUUGGUCACAGCAAGAUGGCUAAUGUUUUCAAGGUUGCAACAUGGAUUCCACACUCUGGCCCAGUUUAUUCUCUUGCUUUUGAGUUUCCUUGGCUUGUUUCAGCUUCUAGUGAUGGGAAAUUGUCGCUUAUAGAUGUUCGAAAGCUUCUGAAGGCAAGCAGACGCUCUUUAGGAAAGAAGUCGAGGGUUAGAUGUGACAGUGUGGAGGCGCCGCAGCGGAUGCUUCAUGGAUUUGGCCCCAAUCUUUUUUCAGUAGGCAUUGGAGCUGACCGGAUCAUAUGUGGAGGAGAGGAAGGUGUGGUGAGGAUGUGGAACUUUUCACGAGCUCUAGAAAUUGAAAAGAGGGCUCGUGCUCUAAGAGGAUUGCGACUGGAGAACCGAAUGAGGAGACGCAAGAUCCAAACAGAGAUGAGCAAAGGUGGCCAAAUUGAUCACUGCUCUGUUGCGGCCAAGAAGAACUCUUUGCGUGGUGAUAGGAGUAGCGUUUGGCAGUGUAAACGUGGAAUCAGUAGCAAGCUGAAGGCUUAGCAACAGAUUUAUAUAUGGUUUUAGGUGCAAUAACAUGAGUCAAUUUCUGUUGCAGAAUUACACAAUAUGCAAGGCUACGGAUUUCAUUAUUUAGCCUCAUAUUUUCCAUAGCAUUCCGAGUUUCAUUUUAUACUAGUUUUGAAGAUGCGCUGAUUUGGUACAGUAGCAGUAUCUUUAAUCAUAUGCACAGAUUUUAACUGGCAA